AUGAUUUUAAACCUGCAAGUGUAGAUAUAAAUAAACCAGCUAGUGUUGAUAUUAGUUCAUCAAAUCGUGAAGUCACAGUUACUGUACCUAACUUUGACGGUGCUGGUACUGCACAUACUGUAUAUAAAGGGUCACACAAAGAUUACACAAAAGAAUGUGUUCUUAUUAUAGACCAUACGACUGGAGAAAUUACAUUAGAAAAACUUACUACUAAUGUACAACUCAAAUCAACUAGAAAUGCAGUCGAAAAACCACAAAAAUCUAUAUUACCGAAUAAUCCAGUUUUGUCAGAAAAAAAUAGGACAGCUACUGUAGAUAAAAGAUUAAAAGGGAAAGUUCAACAAAAAAAACAAGUUAAAAAGUCUCCCAUGAAAGCUCCUCUGUCACCUAAAUUGGCAAAUUUAUCACCACCAAAUGCUCAACAUAUGAAUAAAUCACCACAAUUUUUUAUGUCGGAAUCUCCAAUGUCUUCCAGUCUUCCGUUACUGAAUGAUGAUGAUUGCUCAAUGACUGGGUUUGAUUCCCAAGCACAUCCCAGUUUUUCAUUGUCUGAUAUAAAAACGGAAAUUAAAACAGAAAGUAAAACAGAAUCCUAUGAUGAAUUAGUCCCUGCUGCUAGAAGUUUAGAACUUAGUGAAUCUUCUAGUGAUUCAGGAUCAAGUAGUUCAUCUGACAGUGAUAGUGAUGACUCAACAACACCUCCUCCUUCUCAAAAGAAUGUAGAAAAACAUCCUUCACCUCUUUUUAAUUCUCCAAACACAAAUGGCUUUAAAGAUUGUGUUGUAGAUCCAGGACGUAUUUUAGAUGAAGAUCUUCAACUUUCCGAAACGGAUUCAGACUGACUGCCAUUUUGCAGCGAUAUUAUAAAAUACCAAAUACCCCAAAUCGAAGCCGUUCAGUCGUGCGUCAACAAUAAAACAAUUUCUUAUAAUUAUGUAUUUUUAAACCUACUUAAACCUCU